GCUAAGCGAAGGCGCUGCCGAUAAUUUUGCUGUGGUACUUGAACUUCCAUAUAUUUCGUGUGUUAUUAUCCCAUUAAAAAUUAAACCAAAAAAAAACGAACAAUGAAUGUGCGUCGUUGAAGAACCGAGAUUGAACACAAUUAUAAGAAAAUAUUUAAUUUUCGAAAAGUAGAGAGUGUGAGAGAUCAAUAGAGUGGGAAAAUUAUUGUCUAAUAAUUUGCUUUUAAUACUUUUUACCCGGUGAUCUUUGGAGCUUUGAAAAUAAAAUAACAAUUUGUUUAAAUUGCUUCGUGAUUCAAAAUAUUAUAUAAAAAAACGGUGUGUGUUUUUCCUCUCUCUUUAUUAUCUCUCAAGUGGUUGAAUUUCCAUUGGCACAGUGUUUUUUCUGCUAUAUUGCUGGUUUCAUUACGCAUUUUCGUGUAAAUUUUCGAAAUUGAAACGCGCUGGCACACAAAAUAAAAACAAACAAGAGCCCUUAGACUAAAUCCAUUGUUCAAACAAAAAUGAAUGUAUGCAGCCGCCAAUUUAUUCGAAUACGGAACUAAGUGAAAACGCAAAAUAAAAUGAAUAAACGCUUAUCGCUGAUAUUUGUUUGAUUAUUCAUUUGCAUUGAUACACAAAAUAGAAGAGGCUUUGCUGAUAACGUUCAAUAAAUUGAAAAUUCUUUAUUGGAGCAUGUAAUUCGAUUGCACAGUGUGUUUGCAUGGAAAACAAUUUCACAUGAUAGAAUAAAUCGAAAAUUUUUGCAAUUGCGACAAACGAAGUGAAUUUCACACCACAUCUGAGCAAUCUAAUAAAAAUGAAGAGUUUUACGCUUAAAGUGUGUUGAAUGCUCGUGCAUGUGUAGCCAAAAUGUAUUUACUGCAGGAAACCAAUUUAAAUCAGCUCUUCUGUGUGUAUAUCUAUUGUAACAAAUCGGAAAAAUCACAGCAAUUUGAACCACAAUUUGAACAAUUGAUUAACAGUUAAUUACGGCGGAUGAUUCGAUAAAAUGCACGCAUGUGUGGGCAAAAAUAAUUCCGAAUCCAACUUGUUGACUUGCUAAAUACGUGUUAAUUUGUGCGAUAUGAGUAUCGUGUCGCUGAGCGUGUGUAUCAUGUAAAUUGAAUUAUUUACCUAAAAUUUUAUAAAAGAGCAGAAAAAACACACAGACAGAAUACUCGACAAAUGUGAUAUCAUCGAUAGCUCAGAGGUGAAUAAAUAGUGCUAAGCAAGUAGCUUUGUGGAUUCACUUCAAAGUUGAUUGUCCACUUUUGUUGAUUGAACAAACACAAAAACAACCAUGUCGUCGUCUCAGCAUCCAAUGUGGCGAUCAUUUUCAGCUGAAGGCCAUAAAAAGGAAUGGAGUAAGCGGUUAUCCUUGAGAGGCAAUCCACGUUCAAAAGAGGAGAAAGAUACCACUUCUCGCAAGGGAAUUGCAAGACGUUCAACCUCAUUACGACAGUCUCGUUCGCCACAAAUCUCACUCGAAUUACAAGUACCAUCGUUGCAAUCGCCUCUAAUUAGUUCACUGACCACUGCCACAACAACAACGCCAAAAAAAUCCAACUGGGAAGUUAUCGAACAUUUUAACAAUGCUGAAAGGGGUCGUGGCUCUGUCAGCAGUAGCUUGAUUGCGGUUGGGGUGACUCGUUUCAAUAUGGAUGGGUCUGGUUCAAAUCAUUCGGUGUCAACAUCAAAUAGCCCCAUGAUGAACAGAGACGUACAACAACCUUUUAAUCAAGUUUCUGGCGAUGAGAGUACCGAACUGUGUGAAAUGGCUGCCAAUGGUUCAAAAACUUCGUUUUGGAUUCGACUGAAUCGUUAUAUUAUUCGCUUAUGCAGUACACAUCAAUUUAAAAAUUUACAGGUGGAAAUGUUAUAUCAACGUUAUUUUCUGCGAAUGAACCAAAGUAAUACGACACAUAUUUUAAGUUUGCUAUUGGCACUAGUUUUAUCAUUGGCCGCUGUACACAUUAUCCUCAUACCGAUGGAAACAGCAAGUCAAUUUCAUAAAACAUUACAACGACAUCGAUACAAUGACACGAUAAACAGCAAUGGCAGUAAUAUUUCAUCGACGACGCUCAACCGAAGCGAGAAUUUUGCAAACUAUACACCAAAUGCAAACACUCAGCAAAAUUUCGUGAGAUCCAAUUAUAAUUAUUCGACGGACAAUGAAACAGUGAGUGACAACAACAAGAAGAGUGUGCAUCGUGUUCGCAGAACAUAUGAAUUGGAUGAAAAACAUUUGGAAAAUGAGCAUCGUUUUGUGUUGACAACAGCAUCAAAAACGCAUCGGUUCAACGAUCAUUAUCGUCACGUUGACGCGAAAAUGUUUAAAAAGCGAAAGCGUUCUUCACCAAAUGUAAACAGUCGACAUCGACAGAAACCAUUUAUUCGGCUGACGAAACGCGAUAUCGAGAAACAAGCAUCAGCAGCAGCAUCAACAACAACACCAGUAACAUGGAUAGACGAUAGAGCCAAAGAAGUGAUUGACAUUGACGAUAAUAUCCCGUUUAGAGCAAACAAUACCAGCACAAAUGACAUCUCACAUAUUCGUACAAUGAGAUUGAAUGGAACGACAAUGCAGCCAAAUGGAAUCCAUUCUGAAAAACCGUUCGGAAUGUUGAUGUUCAAGUCGAUGUCAUUGAAGACUGAAACAAUAGUUUUACUAUCGAUGUUUGGCAUAUGCACAAUCAUUUAUAGCAUUUUGUUAGCGGUUCUAUCGAAACCAGCAAUGAAUGAGAUAUUUCUAGUGUUAGUUUCGUAUGUGAUUAUAUUAACAUUUGUGGCCAUAGAAAUUUGUAUAUUUUUCGCGGCUAGUAACAGGUCUACUACAACGGCCAAUGGAUGUGUAUUGAUUUUUGUAUACAUGACCUAUACCAUGUUGCCGGUGAGAUUACGUGAAGCAUUGUUUGGCGGUUUGCUUUUAUCUAUUGUUCAUGUGUAUCUUAGUUCAACGUGUUCGAUUCAUGUUGAUUGGUCUGAGAUUGGUAGUACGGUGAUUGCAUUACUAUGCACAAAUUUGGCGGGCGUAUUCACACAUUGGCCACGUGAAAAAGCUCAGCGGAAAGCAUUCAUCGAAACGCGUCAGUGUAUUGAAGCUCGACUCCGUACACAACGAGAAAAUCAACAACAGGAACGCCUGCUAUUAUCCGUUUUACCGAGACAUGUUGCGAUGGAGAUGAAAGAUGAUAUAGCUGGAAAACCACAAGAAGCACAAUUCCAUAAGAUUUACAUUCAGCAGCACGAUAAUGUGAGUAUAUUAUUUGCGGAUAUCUGUGGAUUCACAACAUUAUCGGAUCAAUGUACUGCCGAAGAACUUGUGCGAUUAUUGAACGAGCUUUUUGCCAGAUUUGAUCGAUUGGCUGCUGAGCAUCACUGUUUACGUAUCAAAUUGCUGGGGGAUUGUUAUUACUGCGUUAGUGGGUUGCCAGAGGCUCGGCCCGAUCAUGCUCAUUGCGCCGUCGAAAUGGCUCUCGAUAUGAUUGAUGCUAUCGCGUUGGUGCGUGAGGUGAUGGCAGUGAAUGUUGAUAUGCGCGUAGGAAUUCAUAGUGGCCGCGUUCACUGUGGGGUGUUGGGUUUAAUCAAAUGGCAAUUUGAUGUCUGGUCGAAUGAUGUAACUUUGGCCAAUUAUAUGGAAAGUGGCGGCAUUCCUGGCCGUGUACAUAUAACCAAAGAGACGUUAAAAUGCUUGGAUGGUGAUUAUGAAGUCGAAGACGGUAAAGGCUAUGAACGAAAUUCCUAUUUGAAGGACCAUCAAAUUGAAACAUAUUUAAUUGUGCCCGGCGAUACGUACCGUUUGAAUAAACGAGCACAUCAUUCUACAUCGAUUAAUGGUAAUAUAUCGAAAGAGCUUCGAAUGAUGGGUCACACGAUGAGCACACAGAAAAAUUCAGCACGAUUAGGUUUUUCGGAUUCAAACGAUAGCAAAGAUCCAGAAGAUGAAGUAAAUGAUUAUUUGAUGCGUGCCAUUGAUGCCCGUAGCAUUGAUCGCUUACGCUCUGAACACUGUAAAACGAUAUCAUUAUCGUUCAAAAAAUCAAGCAUCGAACGAAAAUACAUUUUGGAACCGGAUCGUAUGCUUCCCAAAUACGUUUACUGUAGUCUGGGUAUUUUUGUUGGAAUAAUGCUAAUUCAAAUCAUAGUCUAUCCAUUAAGAAACGAUUUCAAUUACAUUUCAAUUGCGAUGUUAGUGAUAGUUUUAUUUGCAUCAUUUUUCAUUCUGGUGGCCAAAAAACUCAAUCGCAACUUUGCGAAUGCUUUGAAGAUGUUUUCGUCUCGAUUACAAAGCAAUCGAACGUAUGCUCAAGCGAUAGCAAUUCUGGUGGUUUUUGCUGUGAAACUUUCGGCUGUUUCAAGUAUCUUCUUUUUUAUUACACAAAAAAAUUGUGAUUUAAAUGUUACAUCGAUUAUGAAGACAGAUGGCUUUGUGUCCAAUAUGAAUUGCGAUUAUGAUGUUGCCGUGAAUAUAUUUCUAUUGCUUAUAUUGUUGUCGAUGAUGAAUUGUGUGGUCCAUCAAGUAUUGAAAAUUUUGCUAAAAAUAACCCUUGUGAUUUCGUUGUGCGCCAUAUUCUUCGCUGUGGCAACUGUACAAAGCAUCCAUUCAGAUAUAUUCAAUCAGGCGAGACAUAACUGGAAGGAGCAAGUCAUUGCCUAUACAACCAAUGCGAUUUUCAUAUUGAUUUUCGUGUUUGCGCUGAUAUUCCACAGUCACCAAACCGAAGCCACUUAUCGUCUGGAUUUUAUAUGGAAAUUACAAGCAACAGAGGAAAAAGAAGAGAUGGAACACCUUCAAGCAUACAAUCGAAAACUACUUGAAAAUAUAUUGCCAGUUCAUGUGGCUGAACAUUUUUUGAGUCGUGAUCGACAAAUCGAGGAUUUAUACCACGAACAGUGUGAAAGUGCUUGCAUUAUGUUUGCAUCGAUACCAAACUUCUCUGAAUUUUACGUUGAACUCGAGGCAAACAACGAGGGAGUCGAAUGUCUACGCUUACUGAACGAAAUUAUUGCUGAUUUUGACGAAUUGCUCAGUGAAAAACGCUUUAGCGACAUCGAAAAAAUCAAAAGUACGGGCGCUACUUAUAUGGCAGCGUCAGGUUUAACGGAAAGCACGUGCGAUCUAAAUGAUUUCCGCCAUGUUACCGCUAUGGCUGACUAUGCAAUGCAACUUUUCACCAAAAUUGAAGAAGUUAACGAGCAUUCGUUUAACAAUUUCCGCAUGAGAAUCGGAAUAAACGUUGGCCCAGUUGUGGCAGGAGUUAUAGGCGCUAGAAAACCUCAGUAUGACAUUUGGGGUAAUUCAGUGAAUGUAGCGAGUCGAAUGGAUUCCACUGGUGUUUUGGAUCACAUUCAAGUGACCCAAGAAAUGUACAAUAUUCUCGAACCACGAGGAUACAAAAUGAAAUGCCGUGGAAAAAUCAAUGUUAAAGGCAAAGGGUCAAUGAUUACAUACAUUUUACAGCGAAAAAAUGCACCCGAAGAUGAACUCUUAACACAUCAAAGUAGCAAGGUAACGGCAAACAGUGAGGAUUAUGAGGUUGAUGAAAUUGAUGAUCAAAUAAAUGAGGACAGUGCCCGAUUGACGCAAAAACGAAAAUCACUGUGCCGACAACAUAAUAUAUUUUCAUCUUUAACGAAUAAAAGUUUGGCGUCCGGACAAUCGAUGGGUGGUAGUCUUGAUUUGCCCGACGAUGUGCAUGUGAAUGAAAAAACCAAGUUGCUAGACAACAAUAAUCAAUCAAAUUCAUCGUCAGUACAGAAUGUUAUUAGCCCCGAUACGUAUCUCAAAGGAUUUAAACCGUUACCAAGUACAAUGCUCAAAGAUUCGAUUGAAAGCUUAGAAAAACUUUUGAAAAAUGACAUGAAUCUUUCGGAUAUAAACACAACAAAAUCGCAGUUGUCAACAACACAAGCAAUCGCAUCAAAAUUAAGCACCGACAGUUCGGACACGACCAAUUCAUAUUGCAGCAGUGAUACCAAUCAAACACAAACUGCAUAUGAAAAUUCAGCUGCAAACAAAUCCAGUUGCAACGGAGAUCAAGCCAAAGUGAUGACACAAACCAUCACCGCAAACAAUGCAUGCUCAAAACUAACUUCGACAACGACACCAUCGAAAGAAUUCUCUUCCACAUCAGAGGAUGGUUUGUUUAAAAGCAUUCGAAAGAAAAUCCGAUUUCAAGACGGCAAUUUAAUGAAAUUAUCAAAGUCCUGGUAUCCACUUGUUACCAAAUCAGACCAAUCAAAUCAAAAAACCAAAUUGACAAACAGCAAAAGCUUACACCUUAUAUCAGCUCAUAAUCAAAAUGGUUCCAUUUUUCUCUAGUCAAAUUUACCAUUUCUAAUGAAAAACACCUAUUUAAGUUUAAGUUUAAUUUUAAUUUAAUUAUGGCUCAAUUGUACUUUGAUUCUCAAUGGGAUUAAUAGUUGUUGUUAUUGGACAACUCACUUUUCGCCUUCAACAUUUCUGCACCAUUGUCAUAUUAAAUUAGAUAAAUUUCAAAAUGCGCCUAAAA